UCUUUUACAAUGCACUUCGCAGUAUUUAUGUUGUGAAAGAAAGGAAGAUUUUAGUGUUGUUCUGUUGUAAUCCGCGGAGGAAUAGUUAGGGAUAUUUAAAGUGGAGAAGAUGGGAAGUAUAGGGACCAACAUAACGCGAACCACGGGGAAAGGGAAAAGUAAAGCAGCAUUGCGUGCAGGACUACCGAGAAAUGUUAGGAGUAUGAGCAAGGAGGUCCUUGAAGCAACGUUGCAGAAAAAGAGAGAAUGUAAUGCAAAAGCCCAAAAAAUAGUUGAGAGUUUACUGGAGAAAGAUAUCAAUGAAGAAUGGUUCGUCGGCUGUUUGAAAUUUAUUAGUGAUACCCACUUUCAAGAUGUAGUUGAAGAAAGGGCAAUCACUAAACUUUGCGGAUACCCUUUGUGUAAUGGUAUUUUGAAGAACAUUCCAAAUCAACAGUAUAAGAUAUGCACAACACAGAAUAAAGUUUAUGACUUAACGGAAAGAAAGAACUUCUGCAGUAAUCAUUGUUACAAGGCAGCAAAAUAUCUAAAGGAUCAGCUUCUGACAAGUCCACUUUGGCUGCGUGACAAAGAAGAAAUUCCACCGUUCAAGCUGUUGUCAAUGAGUAAAUCAAGUGGCAUGGUUGGAGAUGAGGUACACUUUCAACAAGAAAGUCUUGUGGAUGAAAUAACACAAUUGAAAGAUAACAACUCCAAAAAUUUAAGUGCUAUAUUAACAGAAUCUGAAAUAAAUGCAGGAUUACAAAACACUACAAAUGAAUAUGUAUGUGUAAUGAAGACAGAAUUUAAUGAAAUUCUCUCUGAAAGUAGUAAAAAUCUCAAUUUACCUUCAGAAAGCAAUGGAAAUGUAUCUAAGGCAAGUGUAAAUGCGAAUGAGUAUGCUAGAGUUAAUGAAAUUAAAGAGGAGGAUAUAUUGGAACAGUCUGAAAAAGUAACGCUGACAAAAAAUGAGUGUAGUGGUGUUGAAAUUCAAAGUGGUUUGGAUUAUCAUAGCCUCGGUGCUAAAAUGGAAAGUUUGAAGGAGAAAAAAACAGCUUCAGAAGAUAGUAAAGACGCUGUAAAGAAGAAAAACACAAAUAUUCGGAAAAAAGAGAAAAAGGAAAGUUUAGAUAAACAUUCAGCAACCAAAGUACAUAUUAAUAAACAAGAAGAAGCUCCAUUAACAACACUGCUAGUUGAGAAGUGUGUACGAGAAUGGUUUACACUUGACUCAAUGUACUUUCUUUUUGGUGAGGAGAGAAUGAAGGAAAUGGUUGCAGACAAGGAUAUAACUCAUUACUUCAAACCUACUGAGAGUGAUUCUUGGGAUCCAGGUAUGCGAGAGCGUUACAUUGCUAUAUGCAAGAAACUCAAUUUAUUGGAACUGGAAGAUAUUAAUUAUGACAAUAAAAUUACCAAGGAGAAUAAGGAGCUGAGACCACUACCAGAGUAUUCCAGUAUUAAGGAAGAGGGACUGAAAAUGCAGUUGAAGGUUAGGGCAUUUUUUGCUGGAAAAACUGCCUACGAGGACUCUUCAGUUGAAGAUAGUUCACAAGAAAAUGAGUCCAGUGGAAAUUUUAUCCCACUGGUUGAUCUGCAUUCAAAGAAUGCUCUUCGCAGGAGAAUAGUGUUGGACCGCUUCAAUAGAAUCUUACCCGACCUGUUAUCAACAUUUGGAAUAUCAUCCCGUGACAUAAGUGAUGACCUACGUAGCCUUGUAUUCAGCUUUUGCCUGUCGGCUCACAACAUAACUUUCAAGCCAACAGAAUGGAACUUGUUGGGUCUAAUUGUGUUAAAAAUGCUGUCACUCAGGGACAAGCGGAUCAAGGCUGUUUUAGAAACUGAACAGUCAAAGAAGUACAUGACUAUGAUGCUGAUGGUUUUCCAAGAAGAUGCUGGAUAUCUGGAGAGACUUGUGGCCUGGUUGAUGGAUAUUGACUAUCUUUUACAACAGCAUAGUGGCAGAACAGGGAGUUGAAAUUGUUGGAAUACAACUGGUAUUAAUAUUUUGAUUGUGUGAAAUGUCACUAGAAAUAAAGUGAACUGGAAAAAUG